CUUUUCACAAUAAAAGCCCAAAAUAACAGCGAAGAACCUUGUAAAAAAAUAACAGAAGGAUGUUAUCUGCUGCAGAGUGUAGACUGAAAUAAAAAUCUUAUUGUACUCGUUACAAAAUAGAAGAUUUAUAUCCAUGAAUAUAAAAUAAAAUAUAUUUUUUAUUCAUUAAUCUAAAGAUAUUCUGCCCAUAAGAAUAUGAUGCUAGUGAGACAGAAGAUUAUAGUUUCCUUAUUAAAUUAACAUUUUAAAAUCAGAUCAGUUUAAUAAAGUAACAGCGUGAGGAAUGAAACUGGUUUAAUGAUUUAUCAAUAAUAUUUGAAUCAUUUCUGAUCAGUGGUCUGAUUUAGUGACUUUUACAAAAUAACUAAAUUACAUGUAAAUAAUUAAUAUAAAAGUUUUAUAAUAACUGUUACUGUCAGUGAGAUCAGAGCAAGCGUGUGAUGUUUGUAAAGAGCAUGUGACCUUAGUUCAAACCUGGACCUCAGAAUGAUCAGCAGGAUAUUGAUUACUCUGGUCUGAAGCUCAGGUAUGAGGAAGAAGAAACCUCAUCUGUGCGAGCACUCUUCCUGCCUGUGAGAUGUUCCCCCUCAGCGUCACUGGGACUCAAACCCACCAUCUCCUGUUUACCACCUGCAGCUCACACCUGAAGCAGGCGAAGAGGAGUCUUGCUGGGCAUCGGACAGAACGCAGGUUUAAGGAUCUCUGCGUGUCUGAAGAGCGGUUUUGUUCCUGCUUGGUCUUGUUAAUCGAUCCGUGGUUGUCUCAAAGCAGCCGGCUGAAUUCACUGUUGUCUACCAAGGUUUCAGGUCAACCCCCCACCCCCAUUAAGCCCACGCUGAACUGCACGUGCUUUUACCUUUGUCCUUAUCCAAAGGUCAAAGGUCAGACACUUUCUGUUACAGAGUUAUUUCAGGAUUUUAUGAGAAAUUUGUAGGACUUUUGAUCACUUACACUGUUAUCCUGACAUGUGUUUGUGUGUGUCUGUGUGCCAUGUUUAGAUUGUUGUGAGGACCAGAAAUUGGAACACUACUAUGCUUGUGGGGACCAAGAGGCCUUAUGGGGACAAAGUGCCCGUCCCCACAAGUUUGAAGACAUUGUUGAGACUCAGAAUGUGGUUUUAGCAUCACAGUUAGAUUGUGGUUAGGUGUGUGUGUUUUGGUAGCUGUGUGUGUGUGUGUGUUUAGUUGCAGUGUGUCUCGGCGUCUGGCGGGGAGAGGCCCCGGCUGUCCCAAGCUCCAGAGGCCGCGCAUGCGCCGUGUGGCGGGCUUUCCACAUCAAGGCUGUGAAGUGUCGGAAGUUUGUCGGAGUGAGGCCGAACAGAGGACGCUGUGAGUGAACCAAAGAGUGUUUUAAAGGCGAAAAAAGUGUGUGAGGACGCGCGGGGGAAGUCUGCAGAGUACCCCGAAGGCUCGUCGAUGGGUUUGAGCCGCUUCCCGCUGGUUAAUCGGCGCAGACAGCAGCGUUAGCGGCGGCUGGAAGAAGUUGUAAUUGUUUUUUGGCGCUCAGCGGCGAAGAGGAAAGAUGGAGGAUCUGCGGCUGUAGCCGCGGCUAACGCUAGCUGCCCCAGCGUCUUCUCGGCCCCAAUCCGAGCUGCCGAGCGGCCCCAAGGGCGUCCCGCGGUUUGGAUGCUCCCAUCGGACACGGCGAAGUAGCCCCAGCUGCUGUUCCUGUUUGACCCCUGACGGCUCUGAGGAUGGAAGCAGGGCUACCGGAGGCAGGAUCUAGACAUCAGAUGGUGCUCUGAAGAAGCCAUGGGUAGCUGCCUAAGCUGUCCAGAGAAAGAGUCGAUUCCAGAUAAUCAUCAGAGUAAAUUCAAGGUGAUCAACGUGGACGACGAUGGAAACGAACUGGGCUCGGGAGUGAUGGAGCUGACCGACGCCGAGCUCGUCCUCCAUACCCAUCGUCGCGAUGACGUCAGGUGGCCUUAUCUGUGCCUGCGCCGCUAUGGCUACGACUCUAACCUGUUCUCGUUCGAGAGCGGCCGCCGCUGCCAGACGGGCCAAGGCAUCUUUGCCUUCAAGUGUGCUCGCGCUGAGGAGAUCUUCAACAUGCUGCAGGAGGUGAUGCACAGCCACAGCAUCAGCGUGGUGGAGGAGGCUGUGCUGGAACCCAGCCACCAGGCGGCGCUCACGCCUGCAGCUCUUGGCUACUCGGUGCCGUCUGUGCCAAACGGUGUCACGCGGAUCCCAUCUGUAGGCGAGGCACCAUCUCACCCAUCCAGUCGUCACCCGUCUGUGGCGAGCACCCGGCUGCCGUCGGUGGGGGAGGAGUCUACGCACCCUCUGCUGGUGGCCGAUGAAGCGGUACACACCUACGUCAACACCACGGGGCUCCUGGAGGAGCAGCCGAGCCCGCUAACUGUCACCACCCCGCUGGAGAGCCCUACCUCUCCACAGUCUCAGUGUCCGCCGACGCCUCCGCCCCCUCCGAGGGUCCGCGGGGAGCCACCGCCACCGACGCCCACUCCAGCAGAGCCACAGGUGUUGCUGGAGCCACAAGGCGUGCGUUUUGUGCUGGGCCCCACGCCUGUUCAGAGGCAGCUGAUGGAGCGGCGGCAGAAGGCGCUGAAGGAUGCCGCCGAGCACCAAGAGACUAACGGCCACGGCGAGAAGCCCACCGAGCCUGAACCCGCCGCCACGCACUCCAACGGCUCGUCGGCUCCUCGCCGCCACCGCCCGCCCCCCCUCACACCCGACCUGCAGAAUGUCAAUAACUCGGCCCAGCGGCGCACGGCCCUGCUGGACUAUGAGAACCUGCCAGCGCUUCCGCCCGUGUGGGAGGCGAGGAAGCCGAGCUCCGAGGACGAGGAGAAGAGCUGCGGCGGCUCCAAAACGCCGUCGCUCAAUGGCUACAACCACCAUGCCCACCACCACCUGCACCACUCCUACUCCCACCCGUUGUCCGCUGCGCUUGAGUCCUCGCACAACUACGUCAACACAGAGAACGUCACGGCGCCGCUCAGCGCCCAUCGGCCUGACACGGCCCGCCGCCGCGUUGAUGGGCCCACCAUCUUCAACUUUGACUUCCGCCGGCCGCUGGUGUCGGGCCACAGCGAGCCGCCCAAGACGCUCAACUACAUCGAGGUGGAGAUGGACAGCGGGGCCGGGAACAAAGGCGCCUCCGACGGGAGCAAUCCCCACACACCGCGCACCCCCUCCUCGCCGUUGCCCCCCACCACCCCCACCCGCCGCACCGAACUCUAUGCCCUCAUCGACAUCGAGCGCACCGCUGCCAUGUCCAACUUACAGAAGGCGCGGCCGCGGGACGACGGCACGUCACGCAAGACGAGACACAACAGCACGGAGCUGCCCACCAAAAGCACGGCGUGACACCCCCCCCUCCCCCGUUUUUACUCUGGGCUCCACGCCGAGCCGCACACGGACUCCAUGAGCCGGACACUUCCUGCAGACAGACUGAUGAUGACAUACCUCUGCUGGAGGCGGCGUGCUGAUGAUGUAAUAGACUUCCUUAUAUGGUACAAAUCAGUAUUACUGAACAAAGCAUUCCAUUUAGCCUUUUAUACGAGUCACUACGUGCUGCUGUAAGUCACUUAUGUUCUACAUGUACAGUAGAUGUGCCACAAUAAAAGUCUGGUUUUAUUUCUACUGCA